GAUCGAGAAACAGACACUGCCCAAACCCACAACCUGUUUGUUUCUCUCCCUCUCACCCGGCGGAGCUGCUGCUGCUGCUUCAGCUUUUCACCUGCUUCUCCUUCUCCUUUCGUCUGCCGUUUGCCUCGCUUCCCUGUCCUUCUCCUUCCCUGCCUUCCCUUUCAUUUCUCUUGCACUUCCUUGCACCGCUUGUUUUUGGUGGGUCUGACCUCCCGCCUAUCUCUCCACAUCGCCUCAUCUUUCAUUCACCUCUCGCAUACAUCCCUCUGCGUCCCUCAAUUUUUUUGCAUCCAUCCAUCCAUCCAUCCUCCCACCAGCUCCUCCAUUGUUAUCUUCCUCCACCCAUUCCCUGCUUUCCAUUGAUCCCCACCCCACCCCCAAAUCAUUGCCUGAUCUGCCGCCCGGGCAUCGAUCAGUCUAACCCUUUCCCCCUUUCCUACAUCCACAACCCAUUUUCUCCGGCACCCUCCGCUCACUGCCGACUCCAUCCCUCCUCUCCUCUCCUCCGCCUCCACUUCUCUCUCCUCCCUGCCUAUUCUCCGGCUUGUGGGUCAGGGCACUGGGGCUUCCUCCAGGGGGCGCCAUGGCGCUGCUGAGCUCCCCCACGGAGACCGAAUGCUUAACCAAGCCGCUUUUCUGCCGCAAGGGGGCGCUACGCCAGAAGGUCAUACACGAGGUGAAGAGCCACAAAUUCACCGCCCGCUUCUUCAAGCAGCCCACCUUCUGCAGCCACUGCACGGACUUCAUCUGGGGAAUUGGAAAGCAAGGGCUGCAAUGCUUAGUGUGCAGCUUUGUUCUCCACAAGAGAUGCCACGAAUUUGUCACUUUCGAGUGUCCAGGGGCUGGGAAAGGACCCCAGACAGAUGAUCCCCGGAACAAGCAUAAGUUCAAAAUCCAUAGCUAUAGUAGCCCGACCUUCUGUGAUCACUGUGGCUCGCUCCUCUAUGGCCUGGUUCACCAGGGGAUGAAAUGCACCUGUUGUGAGAUGAAUGUGCAUAAGCGCUGCGUCCAUUGUGUGCCCAGUUUGUGUGGUGUGGACCACACAGAACGCCGGGGACGUCUGAAACUCCAAAUAGAGACAUUUGGAAGUGAUGAAAUCCGUGUGACCGUUGGUGAGGCACUUAACUUGAUCCCUAUGGAUCCCAAUGGUCUCUCGGAUCCCUAUGUGAAACUCAAGCUGAUCCCUGACCCCAAGAAUGUAACAAAGCAAAAGACCCGGACAGUUCGGUCCACCCUCAAUCCAGUGUGGAAUGAAAGCUUCAUUUUCAACCUACAGCCAGGUGACAUGGAGCGGCGUCUCUCCAUUGAGGUAUGGGACUGGGACCGGACCACCCGCAACGAUUUCAUGGGAGCCAUGUCCUUUGGGGUCUCCGAACUUUUCAAAGGCCCUGUGGAUGGCUGGUACAAAUUGCUCAAUCAGGAAGAGGGCGAGUAUUAUAGUGUCCCUGUGGCUGAUGCAGAAAACUGUGGGCUGCUGCAGAAAUUUGAGGCUUGCAACUUUCCUUUGGAGCUCUAUGAGAAGGUUCGCCACGGCCCCAUUUCGUCGCCAUCCCCGAGCCCCACGGACACCAAGCGGGGUGGAUUCUUCGGCGUCAACCGCUUCCACAUCUCUGACUUCAACUUUCUCAUGGUGCUGGGCAAAGGCAGUUUUGGCAAGGUCAUGCUUGCAGAGCGCCGUGGAACUGAUGAGCUCUUUGCCAUCAAGAUCCUGAAGAAGGAUGUGAUCAUCCAGGAUGAUGAUGUGGAAUGCACCAUGGUGGAAAAACGGGUCUUGGCCAUGGGGGAGCGCCCACAUUUCCUAACCCAGCUGCAUUCCACUUUCCAAACUGCGGACCGGCUUUACUUUGUUAUGGAGUAUGUCAAUGGAGGAGACCUGAUGUAUCAUAUCCAGCAGGUUGGGAAAUUCAAGGAACCACAUGCUAUGUUUUAUGCUGCAGAAAUUGCAAUUGGCCUGUUCUUUUUGCAUAACAAGGGAAUUAUUUACAGGGAUUUGAAACUGGAUAAUGUAAUGUUGGAUGCUGACGGUCACAUUAAGAUUACUGAUUUUGGAAUGUGUAAAGAAAACAUUUUUCCUGGUAUCACCACUCGUACCUUUUGUGGGACACCUGAUUACAUUGCUCCAGAGAUUAUCGCCUAUCAGCCGUAUGGGAAGUCUGUGGACUGGUGGUCAUAUGGAGUCCUGCUGUAUGAAAUGUUAGCUGGACAGCCACCAUUUGAUGGAGAAGAUGAAGAUGAACUCUUCCAGUCAAUUAUGGAACACACCGUGUCGUAUCCCAAAUCUCUUUCCCGAGAAGCCGUCUCUAUCUGCAAGGGGUUCUUGACCAAACAUCCAAUGAAGCGCUUAGGCUCAGGGCCUGAUGGGGAGCGUGAUAUUCGGGAACAUGGCUUUUUCCGCUGGAUGGACUGGGAGAGACUGGAACAGCUGGAAAUCCCCCCGCCAUUUGUUCCCAGGCCGUGCGGUCGGAGUGGCGAAAACUUCGACAAGUUUUUCACACGGGCACCACCAGCGCUGACGCCCCCUGACCAGCUGGUCCUGGCAAGCAUUGAUCAGAGUGAAUUCCAGGGGUUCACCUUCAUCAACCCUGAUUUCGUACAUCCAUCCACACGGCGGGGGAGCCUGUCCCCCACAGGCUUGCCUCUCUCCCCGACAGGGUUGCCCCUCUCCCCAACGGGAAUCCUCCCUUCCCCUACCUCCCUAGUGUGAGAGUGAAAUUAUCCGAUUGCCAAACAUCCCCAAGUCUUUCCUGUUGAACUUUGCUCCUGAGAGCAUGAAUUCAGCUUGAAGCCUAGCCCUAGCCAGAACCUUGACUUUAGGAUUACUGUAAAACAUCCUUUUAAUUGCCUCUUACGAUCUGUUGCUUCCCUCCCUCCCCCCCACCCCUGCCUCUGUUGGAUGA